GCAGGGCUGACUGGGGGGAGUUUGGAGGAGGGAGUAAGAAGUCAGGGAGGAGGAGGCACUAUUAAUGGCUCCGUGAGCCUGUGCCCUGUUUUAGUGUGGUACUUGGAAGACAGCACGAGGUGGUUCUGUACUCUGAAAUGCAGUAACUUUGAUGCUUGGAUUCAUCUUCCUUCUUGCAAGAGAGGAUUCUAAUAACUCGGUGUCAAAGCCACAGACUCAACCCCUUCUCUUCUGAAAGCUUCACGUUACAACAUGGAAGCCAUUGCCAAGUUCGAUUUCAUCGCCUCAGGUGAGGAUGAACUGAGCUUUCACGCCGGAGAUGUUCUGAAGAUCUUAAGUAACCAAGAGGAGUGGUUCAAGGCGGAGCUUGGGAGCCAAGAAGGAUACGUGCCCAAGAAUUUUAUAGACAUAGAGUUUCCUGAAUGGUUUCACGAAGGCCUCUCGCGACACCAGGCAGAGAACUUGCUGAUGGGCAAGGCGGUCGGUUUCUUCAUCAUACGGGCCAGCCAGAGCUCCCCAGGGGACUUCUCCAUAUCUGUCAGGCAUGAGGAUGAUGUUCAGCACUUCAAAGUCAUGAGAGACAACAAGGGUAAUUACUUCCUGUGGACAGAGAAGUUUCCAUCCCUCAACAAGCUGGUGGACUACUACAGGACGACUUCCAUCUCCAAACAGAAGCAGAUCUUUCUGAGGGACAGAACCCGGGAGGAUCAGCGUCAGCGGGGCAACAGCCUGGACCGGAGGUCCCAGGGAGGCCUACCCCUGAGUGGGGCUGUGGGAGAAGAGAUCCGGCCUUCGAUGAAUCGGAAGCUGUCAGACCAGCCCCCCGCCCCUCCCUCGCAGUAUCCCGCAGCCCAACUGCCGCCACAGCAGCGGUACCUGCAGCAGCAGCAUUUUCAUCAGGACCGCCGUGGAGGCAGCCUGGACAUAAACGACGGGCACUGUGGCGGGGUCCUGGGCAGUGAAAUGAAUGCCGCCCUCAUGCACCGGAGACACACAGACCCGGUGCAACUCCAGGUGAUCGGGCGAGUGCGGUGGGCCCGGGCGCUGUACGACUUUGAGGCCCUGGAGGAUGACGAGCUAGGAUUCCAGUGCGGAGAGGUGGUGGAGGUCCUGGACAGCGCCAACCCGUCCUGGUGGACUGGCCGCCUGCACAACAAACUGGGCCUCUUCCCGGCCAACUACGUGGCGCCCAUGAUGCGGUGAAGCCCUUCUGGAGGAAUCAGAGGCUCUUGUCUGAAGCUACCUGCAAGUGAUGGGGCAAGAAAGAGAAGCUGGAACUACAUAAACAUACGUGUGUGUGUGCAUAUACACGCAUACAUACAUACACACACGUAUAUGCCUGUGCACACACACAUUUUAUAAUAGUAAUUUAUUGGCAGUUUAGUUGGUUAAUUAGUUAAUAUGAAAGGAACUCAGGUAGAGAAUUAUAUUUUUACUUAUUUUCCCUCCCCUCAGCGGAUGUGCAGAAGGCAGUGGGGGAGUUGGGAAGCGGGGGCAGCGAAAUGAAAUUGAAAUUCUUCCUGUCCUUAAGAUGCACCGCUUCACUUCCUCCUGGUCUUGAGAAUUUUUGCUGAGAGUUGCUAAGCAGGGAUCCACAUCUGGCGUUGGACAGGGAACAGCAGGGCGGAGUUGGGCCUGGUGGGGCGUGUUCCAGCUUACCCGCCAGUCCUCCUUACCCUGAGGGCGUGCAGGGCAGCUUCCCUCCUGUUCUCCAGGGUGGGCACUGCUGCACUGGGGGUGAAGUCUGAGCUGGGCAUUGGAAGGGGUACGAGGCUAGGGCUGGCCCCCUGGCUGGUGCUCAGCCGAGACUUUCAUCUCCCUGCAGUGAACAUUCCUCAGCUCAUCCUCCUCCCUGUGGCUGACAUGGAGAAAUGGAGGCUCCGCCAGGAGCGGGGCGCUGGGAAAUGGAGGGAUUGUUCACAAAUCCCCCAGGGGCUUACUUGAGUGAAACCUGUUUCCCCGGCGACCAACAGGGCAACAUCCUAGACUCCGUAAAGUGAUUGGAGAAGCCCUGGCUGAGAAUGCUGGAUUUUAGAGCCAUGGUUUUACGGUUACAAGGGUUUCUCUUCAGGGCACUAUUUGUUUUCCCUCUUGGUUGUCUGUGUUUUGAAGAUGCUUUUCCCAGUGGCACAGAGAGAAGCUCACUCUAUGGGAGCGUUGCGUUCGCAACUGACCCAUCGAUUGGUUGGUUGGUUGAUUGACCAUGACCCUGAGCCAGAGCUGGCUUUGAGAGAGCUUCCUGUUCCCUCUGACUGUUGGACCACUGCUGGCACCUCCCCUGCCCUACAAGCUGCACCUGGGGAAGGAACCCCACUGCCACUGUCUCCCCUUGUCACCUCAAAAUAGAAUUGUGUUUCCCUGAGCUCACCCUGGGGGCGUGAAUCACAGACCAGCCUGGCUGGGGAGCGGGGACCCUGGAGGUGGAGGCUCAGUGUUUUAGUGGAGCCAGAAUAAGCCUGUCUGCCCUGAGGGACCCAGGAGGGGUGUGUGUGUGUGCAAGUCUGUGUGUGUGUGUGUGCGUGUGCGCAUACACGCUGAGACAGGAAAGAAAGGGCUGGGGCGGAAGUGCUGGUGAGGGAGCGUGGGGGUGGGGGGGCCUGUUGCUUUGUCCUCUUCCCAGCCCUUCCUGCUAAGGAAGGACCAGGCAGCCACGAGCAAAGGUGAUGUAAGAAGAGUUUCUGACUCAGAAGUAACAGUCAGUGUCACGUACGUAGGCUGUGUCCCUUUGCCUCUGAAUUCCACUAUUUCUCUGAUCCCCGUGUUGCCUUUAGAGAAACAGGGAGAAAGAAAGGACUCUGUGGUGGGUCUCAGGAGGGAAGAGAAAACAGCCUGAGACAGGCAGGGGCAGUGGAAUGAGGAGCGUCUCACAGCCUUUGGAUAGGAAAGUGCAGGAGGGAGUUAGCGAAGACGGUUCAGAAGGUCAAGGAGCAGCUUGAGAGGCACAAAGGGAGGAGAAGGGACAGGAGGUUACAUGCCACAGGCGAGGAAGACAUCGGGUGACGAGUCAGCGGACAGACAUCGGCCAGGAAGGAGGGACAGAGGCAGGUGGCGAGGGAGGAAUUGGAGCAGAGGAACGCAGACCACGGAAGGCAGGGGGCGAAGACACCACAGGAAUGAAGACAAACGAAUGGGAGAAAGAGAGCAAAGGCCGAGCAGCCCUACUAAGCUAUUUCGGUGCUAGAGAAUGUGAACAUGCUACAGGAAAUAAAAGCCAAAAGUGGUGUUUGAUCUGACAGGAUUUACAAACCAUAUGCUUUAACCAGCUCACAAACUUCAUCCAUUUGUCUGAUUAUGUGGGAGGACCAGCCCCAGUGAAGACAGAGGGAAAAGAUUUGGUUCUGGCCUGGGUUUUGUGCCUUGAAACACAUCUCAAGAAGCAGUAAUAAAAUGAGUGCCUUUGUUUUGC